AUGACAGCACCAUUGGCUAUGGCCUUUCUGCUCUAUCACACCUACCUCAUCUGGGCUGGCAUGACCACAAAUGAAAGCGCAAAAUGGUCAGACUGGAAAGAGGAUGUUGCAGAUGGCUUGGUGUUUAAGUCCACCAGAAGCGAGAUUUAUGGGACCCCAUUCCACUCCGAUGAGGACACUCCGGCUCAAAGAGCCUGGCCAGUGAGCAGUGACCAGAUCCUAGUAGUCACGGACGGUGAGCCCCCCAAGGACGGCUUUCGGCUCUGCUCACGCUCAAAUGGGAUUUUUCAUAAGGAAGAUUCACAGGUGCCAGUUGACACAAGAUGGGUUGAAGUGAACAGUAUGCGGGAGAUUGACAAUAUCUAUGAUCUGGGAUUCUGGGACAAUCUACGGGAGGUUUUCAAUAUGCCUGUCAGACGCCGUGUAUAA